AUGGGAGCGCCGGGGCAGGUUCCUCGAGGAUCGGGGGGGACGGGGAGAGGCGCGCAUCCGCCUGCGCCAGGGGGGAGAGGGGAGGCGUUAGCGCAGGGGAAAGUCGGGGGCGAUCUGGACGGGCGCGGAAGAGGGAGAGGCGCGGGCGGAGGGGUUAGCGGCCCAGGGGAAGGUCCGAGGGGGAACAGCGGAGUGGCGGGGGGAAGCAGAAGCUUAAGCGGAGGAGGUCAGGAAACGGAAGGCAAGGGAUCGAAUUUAGACAGUAUUGACCCUCGUUUUAAGCCUAAGUUUAUAAAAUCCGGCGGACGGGUGUGGGAGAUGUUUUCAGGACCGUCCGUUAAUAUAUUACGCAGAGAGGACGACGCGGAUUUGCCGCCCGAGGACCUAGCGGCUAUGGUCGCCGCUCCUGUCGCAAAGCCUUCGCGCCAUCGGCGCACCAAGUCCGCCUUCCCCGCGGACUCCGCGCAGUUCCUGCAGGAAACGGACUUCCGCGGAGGGGAUGAGGGGAACAGAUCGGGGGAGGGGGCGGACGGGGAAGGCGGAGGCGGAACUGGAUUCGGAGGCGGGGAUGGCGGAACAGGAGCGUGGGGAGCGGGCGGGGGAGGUGGGGGCGGGAAAGCGGGCGGGAUUGGGGCUGGGGGAGCUGUUGGGGGAAGGGGGAGCGGUCCUGCGGGCGCGCAGAGAAUGUUAUCGUCUGCAGGGGGGGUUAGGCGCGCCUCCCUUGACGGCGGCGGAAGGGGCGCUACCCUUGAAGGGGGGGGAAGGCGCGCGUCCCUUGAUGGGGGUAGGAUCCUUGCGCCAAUUCCCUCCUCCUUCUCAGACCCUUCCAAACCGAUUCCCGCCCAUCCUCUGAGGCAUCGGUCAAUGGACCUUUCCAAUAGUAACACUUACAGUAGCACUGGUUAUAGUAACAAUAAUUACAGUAACAAUAGCUUGGGGGGAAAUGCGGGAAGUGGGGGAUUGGGCGUGGGAGGGUUGGGGCGUGGGGGAGCAGCGCGAGGGCAGGGCAGCGGGAGGGAAAGGGGCGCGCAGUCUCCCCUUGGGCAAAUUCGUGAGCAUGGGGAUGAUAACGAGGAGGAUAUUAACGAGAAUUUCUUGCAGCAACACCAGGAUGGCUAUUCCAAGAAGUACGGAAGUGGGAAUGAUCCUUCAGGCCAAGCAUCCGCCCUCCUUUCCCCCCUGCACGGCGGAAGCCUUGGGGGCGGAUUCUCUGGGGGAGGCGGAAGGGGAGGCGGAGGCGGAGGGGGUCGAGGCGCAGGGGGAGGGGGCGGGGGGCAGGGUCACAGGCGCAGUCACAGUUUGCAGGGGCCUGGGGGAGGGGGCUGGGGGUUUUCCGGAGGGGGGAGCGGGGAAGGGUGGGCGGGGGGAAACUAUCAGGCGGAGCAGGCGCAGGGGCAGGCGCAAGGGCAGGGGCAGGGGCAGGGGCAGGGGGGGCGGAUGCGGAGACCUAGCACGGGGCAGAUGGGGAGAGGCGGGGGCGUGGGGGAAACAGGCGGGGUGGGAGGAGGGGGAAGAGGCGGAGGCAGGGGAUGGGUUGGGGGAAGAGGCAGAGGAGCGGAGGAAUUUGGGGGAGCUGGAGGAGGGGGGAAGGGAAACGGCAUGAUGGGAGAUGGAGUGCUGGAGGAUAGAGUGGGAGAGGAGGGAGAAGGAGAGGAGGGAGAAAGAGUGGAGGACGGAGGAGAGCAGGAGGGAGAAGGAGCGGUGGAUGGGAGAGUGCUUCCAGGCGAGGAGGGAGAUGAUGAUGACGUUCCCGUUGCUCCUAUUUCCCCUGUUCCUGUGCAAUGGGGAAAAGGAGGUGGAGCAGGGGGAGCCAUAAGGGGAGCAGGGGGAGGAAUAGGGGGAACAGGGGGGACUGCUGCUGCUGUUGAUGCUGCUGCUGGUGGUGGUUUGAGUGUGUUGGGGCGGCCGUUUGAGGAUAUAACGGAGCAGUUUUUAUUGAGUACGGAGGAGAUUGGGAGGGGGCGAUCGGGCAGCAUCAGGCAGUGUGUUCAUCGGAGGAGCAACCAAGUUUAUGCAUGCAAAACGAUUCUCAAGGGGAAAAUACAGAGCGAGGAGGAGGCAGAGGACGUGCGGAGGGAGGUGGAGGUGUUGGAAGUGGUGAGGGGGCACCCCUGCUCGGUGCAGCUGCAGGGGGUUUUUGAAGAUGCGGAGGUGAGUGCGAGGUGGGGGGCUAUGACAGAGAGGAAGGGAGGCAGCAGCAGUGGUGGGGCGGUUGGUGGGGCGGUUGGUGGGGCGGUUGGUGGGGCGGUUGGUGGGGCUACUGAGGGACUUGGACGCCCAGGGUAUCAUGCUCACUCUUAUGCUCUUCCCCCCGUUCCCUCCUCUCCUGCUGGGGGACCCACACGCCCUGGGCAUCAUGCUCACACUCUCUUACCCUUCUCUGGGGGGGACGUGUGGCAGAGGGUGCAGCAGGGAGGGCCGUACGGGGAAAGAGAGGCGGCUGCAGUGGUGGGGCGGCUGGUGGGGCUGCUGAGGGACCUUCACGCGCAGGGGAUCAUGCACCGGGAUGUGAAGCCAGAAAAUGUGCUUCUAAGGAGGGAUGAUGAUGACGUGGACAUUGCAGUUAUCGACUAUGGGGUUUCGGUGUUCUUCAAUCCAGGCGAACGCUAUUCUGAGAUCGUGGGCUCGCCAUUCUACAUCGCCCCAGAGGUUCUCCACGAAUCCUACGGUCCAGAAUCCGACAUCUGGGCGGCCGGAGUGAUCCUGUUUGUCCUUUUGUCGGGGGCGCUUCCCUUCUGGGGGGACUCUGACGAGGGAGUGUUUCGGGCGAUAUUGGAGAAGAGUGUGGAGGAGGAGGUGGAGAGAGAGGGAGUGUGGGAGGGCGUGUCUGACGAGGCUAAGGAUCUGGUGUUGCGCAUGCUGACAAAAGACCCCGCCCUCAGAAUCACAGCAGAUGAGGUCCUUGGACACCAAUGGCUGCAAGAGAAUUGA